AUGGCUGGCGGUACCGGCCAAAAGUUCACCACUGCUACGACAAUUGUUGCUGGUGUCUGCUCUCUGGCAGCAACCCUGCUGUCUAUCGUCUCGAUAUGGCUUCAACUAAAGAAUUACCGGAAGCCCCUCUUACAACGAUAUGUCGUACGGAUAUUAUUGAUGGUUCCCAUCUAUUCGAUCAGCUCGUGGGUUAGUAUGGUAUCUAUGGCUGCGUCAGCAUUUCUCGACCCUAUAAGAGAUAUAUAUGAGGCCUUCACCAUCUACACUUUUUUCCAGCUCCUGAUAAACUACCUCGGUGGCGAACGAGCCCUUAUAAUAAUGGCACAUGGACGCGCUCCUGUGCAUCACCUGUGGCCGCUCAACCACGUCCUUCCAAAAGUCGAUAUUUCCGACCCACACACAUUCCUUGCUAUAAAGCGAGGAAUCCUCCAGUACGCAUGGCUUAAGCCCAUUUUAGCUUUUGCCGCAAUUAUCAUGAAAGCAACAGGCAUAUAUCAGGAGGGGUAUAUUGGGCUCUCCUCAGGCUACUUGUGGAGCGGCAUCAUUUACAACAUCAGUGUUACUGUUAGUCUAUACUCGCUUGGGCUAUUUUGGGUCUGCAUGCACAAUGAUCUAGUGCCCUUUCGACCCGUCCCGAAAUUUCUGUGUAUCAAGCUCAUCAUCUUCGCUUCCUAUUGGCAAGGAUUCUUUCUUUCCAUCCUGGUAUGGCUAGGGGCCAUUCCGGACGACGUUCAGGGGUACACUUCGGAUAAUCUUGCAGCUGCCAUACAAGAUGCAUUGAUCUGUUGCGAAAUGCCCGCCUUCGCUGUGGCACACUGGUAUGCCUUCUCUUGGCAUGACUACGCCGACAAUACACUUUCGUCCGCUAGAUUACCUGUCAAGUAUGCCGCAAGAGAUGCCUUUGGUAUCCUCGAUCUUAUUGAGGAUUCCAAGCAGACAUUCAGGGGUGAUCAAUACAGCUACAGGUUAUUUGAUUCCAGCGGGAAGGUCAUCGCGCAUGAAGACUCUAGUUCCCGAUUCGCAAGGCUAAAAGAUGGAAUGAGAUAUAAGCGGGGAGGUGAGGCAAAAUACUGGAUUCCUAAACCGGGAGAAGUCAGAGGGGAGCUGAGUAUGAAUACGCCGCUAUUAAAUUCGAAUGGAGGACCGAGCGGCGCUGGAGAUCCGACGCCGAAGUACAACCACGGCGCUACAGAUGAAUCUGCGUUAGAUCCCGAUGAUGAGAGCCUAUAUACCAGAGCCCGGGAGUUAGAGUUUGGGGACUGGAAUUAUCCUGUCAUCACCGCAAACGUGCCAACGAGAGACCGCUGGCUUUCGAGCCAUCCAGACAUAUAUCAAUCGCGUUCUGGCGCUUGGCCACCGGUAACGACAACUUCAAGUGCCGAGACUGUAACGAGCAAAAAGAAGAAAGGCAAAGAGAAUCAAUCCAAGCACGCACCUGAACCUCCCCCGGAACCGACGGCUGUCGCUGCUGAGGAAUCACAGUCCAAAGGUCCACUUGGCGCGCCUGUCCUCUCGACCUCUGAUCCUCAAAUCUUGAAAGAGGAAGCCGAGGAAGAAGAUCUGUUCAAAGUAGGAGACCCAACACCUGAUAAAGUAUCUCCUGGAGGGCAAGAGGCCAACCAAUGGGGUAAUGAUGGAGCGGGGCAUAAUACAAACAGCCCGAUAUUCAGUCCUGAAAACGAAGACGAGUUCCGGAACGUUUGGGGUAGCGACCCUCUGUAA